GCUACAUAGGCAGAGGUCUGUCAAUUCGACGGCUCGCCUUUCAUUCCGGAUUCGAGAAGCGCCCGUUUUGGGGUGAUGGACAGUACCAUCGGUGCGUGAAAGUGAUAAAGUGAAAGUGGUCAACUUCAUUGAUAAACAUUUAGCAUACGCCCCGAAGCCCGAACAUGAUAUCGCUGGCAAAGUUUCAAAGCUCCAAGCUGGGAAAGUUCUCGAUCCUCUUCCUGGCCGAAUUCUUCGGUACCGGUACACUCCUCUUCGGUGGCUGUAUGGCUGGUCUGGAUGGGUUCGGCAACGUCACCACGAACGUCAGCCGAGGGCUCGCCUUCGGAAUGGUCGUCAUGAUGGUGUUCAUAACGUUCAGCGCAACCUCUGGUGCCAUCAUCAACCCGGUUGUCACUCUAGCGGCAUACAUCUGUGGCACUCUAUCGUUUCCACUAAUGAUCCUGUACAUCGUGGCCCAGUUUGCCGGUGCCCUCUGUGGAUACGGUUUGUUGCGGGCCAUCACACCUGCGGUCUACUACCAGCAGGCGCUGGAAGCCGGAUAUGGCCAUUGCGUGACGGCACCACACGAGAGUCUCUCGUCCGGUGAAGCCCUUGCCGUCGAGAUCUUCCUGUCCGGGGUGCUCGUGUGGACGAACUGCGGGGUCUGGGAUCCGCGCAACAGCAAGGACAGUGAUUCCGUGCCGGUCAAGUUUGCGCUUCUGAUUGCGGGCCUCUCGAUUGCCGGUGGCCCAAUCACAGGAGCCAGCAUGAAUCCGGCUCGCACGCUCGCACCGGCCAUUUGGAAUCAAUCAUUUCAUGGACUCUGGAUAUACUUCGCCGGUCCCACCGUAGGAUCACUGCUGAUGGCAACCAUCUACCGCUACGUUUUCUGGCAAACGGCUGAUGACUCAAAGCCGGGCGCCAUGUCGAAGUCACCGUCCGCUUGCCCACUGGAGGAGUCACCGUCACACGCCAAAAGUUUGCCCUAACGCAACGCGCCGCUUGGUUGGUCAGCAAUCAAUACCUCAGUCGGUACACUUCAUUUUCGGACGACAGCAACAAAAAAGAACUCAGUAUCGUGUAAGUCGUAAUAAAAACAAAUCACCAGGGUUCACGUCCGCACGCGCACGCCGGACGCUCGGCGGGCUCGGCAUCAAGUUAAUAUUCAGCCAUCCUUUCGUUCGGCACGUCGGGGCCCCUCGGCACAUUCGACCGUCAUGCGCGACCGACGGAUGCGCCUCCGAUCGACCUUGUUAUCAUCUACGAUAAGCUGGCGCUCGAUGUCCGAAGUCACCGAAGUCGUCAGUCAGGUUUCGUCGGCAGCGCGAUUCGGUCGAACUCCGGCUUGGGUAGAAACCCCUUCCGGAAGGGUAUACUAAAGGUCGCAUAAAACAAAUUCUACGCACGUACGGUUGCAGAGGAAAUAAGUGACUUCUCCUAAACAAACUUGUUCGGUCGCGGUGGAGCUCUCGUGGCAAUGGCGAAAAACGGAGCCACAUCGAAGGAAGGUUUUGCCGGCAACGAACUGCCAGCAUCAUUCGCCAGCAAAACCAUGCAGAAAGGCCACAGUUUUGAGAUUAUUUGGCAAACAAAAAGUGAGUUGUGAACGGCUGAAAGAGUGCACUAGAGACGUUGAAUUUAAUAAUA